GGCGCCAACUUUAGUUGCUGCGCUGCCGGACAGUUGGUGUGUAUGUGAGUUGAAAUGUUGGAUAUGAAUAGUGUUUUAACUAUACAACGUGUGAAUAUGUAUUGGUAAUAUGCUUACUAUGAUUCGCAAACCAAAUGGCGAUGUACUCAUGGAUUCUGAUGUUAAUAGGUAGAGUUACUGAGGUGUACUUCAGAAUUCUUUGACUAGGAUCAUCAACUACUGGUGUUUUAGGCGUCCAUAUUUUUUUAAAGGCCGAAAUAAACAACAAAAGUCAAAGCAGGCAAAAAACUUCAAGACCAUGGCUAUGUGAGUAAAAGGAUAGCAAUGUCAAAUGCACACAUUCACAUUAGCCGCAAUAUAUAUCUAUUGGCUUUAAUUUUAAGUCAGUUUUCCGAUUUCAACAGACCAGUGAUGGGUUUCGAAAAUGGUGGAAUCCGUUUUGGCACUAUUGCUUUUGAAGUAGUACGAAAACUGAGUCAGGGUACAUCAAUGCUCUCUCACCUUUCUCAAUAUGACAUAAAGAUUGACAAAUAAUGUGCACCUACACAGUAUGUUUUCUUUUAGUGUCCUGAUAUCAUAUGCAUAAAGCAGAUACUUCUUUCGGGUCAAAUUUCAAUGUAUGUUACGGGGAGUCACCAGUAUUUUUAAUUUUCAUACUUUCGCAGAAUAAGCUUGUCCUAAGAUAUCUCGGCGGUCAAACAAAAACUUGGCAUCAGUCAAUGAAAUCCACAACAGUUGGUCUAAGCCACGUAGAAAGGUGUAGACUUCCAGGCUGGGAUCCUCGGGACGGUAAAAAUCUAUGGUUGGAAACAAUUGGUGACAUGGCUCAAAACCGUUCUCAGUGGCGCAGAUGCAUCCACUCCCUGUGACUUAUUAUCUUCAAUGAAACUGUUUUGUAUUUCUUUAUUACUCCUUUGUCUCACACCUCUGCUCACUGUUUCUAUUAUGCUUUUCUUGUACUUUCUUCUCUUGCUUCGCGUGCUACACGGAAUGUGGCGACUUGAACUUCCGCACAUUUGUGCAAAGUUCUAUGUCGAAAACAGACAAACGAACCAUCAGUCACAUUUUUAUUUUGGCAUGACUACUGAGUAAGUUUUCAACCCAGGUUUACCUCAGCUAACAUUGCGAUUUGAGGAGAGCUGUUAAUGAGAAUCCUUAAAGCAUAUUCGUAUCACUUUAUUCAGAGAAUAUUCCUAUCCCUGUAGGUUGGUGUAAUUCCUUUAAUAUUCUUACUUCGAUCUCUGCACAAUAUAUAUGAUUCAAUCCACCUUGUAUAUGGUCUUAAUUCCAACGCCACAUGUGAACAGUCUUUAAGUAUUGUCCUAGUUUCAAUAUCUGCUAAAAUCAUACCAAUCAUUCACAGAGUUUUCUACUUAAGAUAAUAUGCAACUUGUUACACAACAUGGUUUUAUUACCUACAUUCUUCAGCUGUGAUUAAUCGAUAUGUGGUUCCGGCUGAACAUAUAUAUUCAAGAGCUCUAAAUUAACUGAUCUCUCUUCCACAAUAACUGGAUAAUACACCAUUCAUGAGGUAUGUAUAGUGCUACUUAUAUUGCUUGGUGUAAAAUCUAAUUAGAUUUUCGGAAUAGCUGCCUUCCAAGGGACCAGUUUUAUUUAUUAAUAAGCCAUUACCUCUAUUCGUACACUCAUGAAUAGGACCAAAGUACUUUGUAUUUGGGUAAUUUCAUAAAAUUAUCGGGCCUUAACAGCUGCGUGCUUUCAAGUAGGUGGUACUUUUACCAUAAUAUAUACUUUUCGUUCAUCUAUCCAUCAAAAAUUCUUGACUGCUAUCUGUAGACGAAUAAAGACAGCUCAGAUUCAGAUGAUAAGGAUAGAAGGCUCUUGUGACCUGUGUUAAUCCUUGCAAAAACACCUCUGCAGAGAUCUACCUUCUCUUUGAAAGCGUUCACCGAUGGAGCUGAUACUACUGAAUCAGGUAAAGAGUUCCAAUCGUUGACCACUCUGUGAGAGAAUCUAAAUUCUGAACGUAUUUUAGUCGUCCUCGGUUUGAACACCUUUUUGCGGUGACCCUGUAAAUGCAUCCUAGGAAAGAAAAGGUUGGAAAGGUCAGUUCCUAAAUCACCCUUAAAUAUGCGGUAUGCUAAAAUUAAGUCGCCUCUCUUCCUUCGUUAUGAUAACGGGAACAGAUUUAAAUGCUCCAUCCUCUUAUCAUAAGGAGGGUGUGAGAUACCACUAACUAAUUUCGUUCCUACCCUCUGUACUGUUUCCAGAAUAUGCGCCUCCUUUUUGAAGCAUGAACUCGCCGCUUGUAUGCAGUGUUCUAGAUGAGGCCUGACAUAUGUUGCGUGGAGUAUUUGGAACAUGCCCUCGUCUAAUCGUUUGAAAGCCCUUCGAAUCGCCCAUAGCAUUCAAAAAGCUUUAUCUGCGGCUGCAUAGCAAUUUGAAGUUGUUUUCAAAUCAUUGCUGACAAUGAUUCCUAGGUCCUUCUGUUCGUUAACAUCAGGUAGUUCUGUGUCUCCUAGGGAGUACGACGUAUAAGACUUCUGACCUAAGUGCAUUACCGCGCUUUUCCUAGCAUUCAUAUCCAAACUCCAUAGGCUUGACCACUCAGCUAAUAUAUCUAAAUCCGUUUGUAGGGGCGACCUAUCCUGAUUAUUAUUUACAGUUUCCAUAUCUUAAUGUCGUCUGCAAAUAAUAAUGAGGACGAAGUAAGAAUCCCUGAUAAUUAGUUAAUGUAUAAUAGGAAUAGCAAGGGGCCUAAUACAGUUCCCAUCAAUGAAAACCACGUCCAACUGAUGGCUUUUAUCUCUGGCCUCAACCCAGUCUUCCCUAGCCAAAGUAGGUUUGUCAGGCAGGAUCGUCCUAGUCGGAAUCCAUGCUGUUCCACAGCCAACAAGCCAUGCGUUUCAACAUGAGCUAAUAGCUGAUCCCUUAUAAUAGUUUCCAAUACCUUUGCAAUAAUGCAUGUCAGACUUACCGGCCUGUAGUUAGAUACCAAUUUUAUUUUUUUAUUUUUGAUUACAGCUUGACUCCACACCGCAUUUUUGGUACGUGUGGAAUUUUCAGCGUGGAUAUCGGUAGCCCAAAGUUCGCAGGCCGACCAUAGAUAUCAGGUGUGCGUCGGCGUGGGCUCGAACCCCGGACCAUGUGCAUGGUCGGCGAGAAUCCUAACCACUGUGCCACCGACGCACCAAUUGCCUAUCCUCCCCUUUGAAGAUAGGGCUUAUAAUGGCAUUCUUCCAGUCCCUGGGUAGCUCAGCCUGCGUCAGAGACAUGGAAAAUCUCCGUAAGCAGAAUAUACAUUAUAUCUGCCAAAGAAAUUAACAGUUUAGGGUGAAGUCCAUCUGGCCCAGGUGAUUUACCUGGCUUCAGUUUAGACAGUAGUUUGAGGACCUUUGUGUGCUCUACCACAAUUGAGGGCAUCUGAGUGGCGAUGGCAGUGACCGCGCCAUAUCCCUGGGUGGUACUGUCAGACGAGAAGACGUCACAGAAGUAUUUGCAGAAGUUUUCGGCCUUUCCUUCGUUUGACUCAUUCGCUUCUCCACUAAUGGUUAUGAGUGACGGUAUACCACUGCUAGUUUUAGUCCUACGUUUAAUAUACAAGUAUAGCCUUUUGGGUAAUGAACGCAAUCUAGUACUAGCCGUCUCUCGUACUCUAUACGACUCUUGUUAAUCGCAUGCUUACAGAGAUUUCGAAUUUUGCGGUAGUCUUUCUGGAAAUUUUGCCUUCCUGUCAUAAUAAAUUGGUCCUAUAAGUUCUUUCGCCGUCUUAAUAGCCUCCUUAUUUCACUAGCUGUAAGAUAUAUGUAUUUCGAAAGUCUACAACCUUAUCUUGGCACCCUAACUGAAAGUAAUGACGUUAAAAUCUUUCGGUAUUUGUGUUAACAAGGCAGUUCUGUGGAAAUAGUUGAGAUUGAGGUUGUCAAUAUUCUCUCUUCUGACUAAGGAAGCAGAACGAUAUUCUAAAAUAUCCAGUCUAACAGAAUGAUUUAUCUUUGCUUAUACCAGGAUCUGGGUUUGUGCCAUCAGCGACUGCUCUCCAAUAUGCUGUUUUUUUACUCGUAAUGUUAAAUCCUCUGUUGCUCACUUACUCUGCUUGGUCUAUAUUGGCAUACAUUCACUGUUUGGAUUUAUAAAAUUUCAUUUAAAAGGAGUGAAUGUAGGUUAGAAACUCUUUGUUUAGAAAUCUAAACAUCGUGCUGUUAUCUGAAGACAGUGUGAUGCGUGUUUUUGUUUUAGGACUUCUACCUGGAAAACUUCUCUUUCUAAUAGUCAUUUUAAUUUUGUUCGAAUUAGUUUAGUACACAGUUAAUCCAAUACUUCCGUACUUUAAAUCCUUUUUUGUUUGCCUUUAUCUUACGUGAAGAAGCCAAAUUGUGACGAGAUUUUUAGUGAUAAUGUUAUCUAUACUGGGUCCCGAAUGUAGACUAUCCUGGUUUUACUUCACGGUUCAUCUACUGUCGCUAUGUUAUGUCGCCGCCGAAGAACGCCUUAGUUUGCCACUUAGCAGACUAAUUGUAACUUAUGCUAUAUUCGAUUCUGUGAAGAAAACAAAUUAUGGCAUUCUCCAUAGACAAAAAUCAUUUAAAUCAGUCAACACUAAAUGACAGACGUCAGGAAAUAUCCCAUAGAGUUGGUUCGCUUGUGGAAUUAUUUGACUUCUUCCUAUUGAAUGGUGGAAACGCCAUUGAUACAAUGACGGUUAACGCCUUUUUGUACACUUACCGUUUAUUUGCUGAUAUAGAAGUGGUUUUGGAAGUAGUAGAUAAAAAGCAAGUAUGCCUUUUUAUAAUUUUUAUAUUAAUCCAUAUAGGUUUUGGAAUAUGUGUCAUUCAGGCUCUUUAUCUACUUCUUGGAAAGUUGGGAUCAUUUCGUCUUUUCAGUUUCUUCUCAAUGCAUGGUUGCAACAACCUCAUUUGAAAGAUUUUGACUCUCCACAGAAAGUUACAUAUCUUAAACGGUUAAUACGAAUUAUUGCUGAUUGGUUUGAUAUUUUUCAAACUUCUUCCUCCUCUCAAAGUAGUCAUGUAUAUGCGUUGAAAGAUUUUAUGAAAUGCUGUGGAAAUAAUUUACCGCCUUCGAAAAAUAAAGGUGUGACACGGAUUAUGCUGUGCAAUAUUGAUUCAGAAAUUUGGGAUCGACUGACAACAGAUAUGGAGGUGUUAUGCCGACGAGCUGUAAACUGUUUAAAACACAUUGCAUGUAAAUAUCAAAUUGAUUUAAAUCCUGAAAAAGAAUUUCUACCAUCACAUACUGUCAGUGUGAAUCGAGAUUAUCGUUAUCAUUCACCGCAUAAUCAUUCAAUGUUCAAAUCAAAAAGUCUAUCAAAAGAGACUGUUAUUAUACCACCAACCGUUAAUCCUUUAAUUAAUUUAUGGAAUUUAAAUGCGAAUACAGUAGCUGAACAAUUAACUGUAGCUGAUCAGCGAUUAUUUCUGAGUAUAGAAUUAAAUGAUUGUCUAAUAUAUGCUAGGGGGAAACCAGCACCAUCUGUACAAGCUACAAUCGAUCAAUAUAAUAAAUUAUAUCAAUUCGUCCAAAGUUCAGUGUUUAAUUCAGAUCAAGAUUAUCCGAUACUAGUGGAACCGACACCGAUACAUUCAAGACGUUUUCGUAGACCAGAUCAGUCUAAUAGUUCUGCUACCAGAGUCAGUCCACAGAUAAUAACUAUAUGGUCUAAAAAUUCCAAUUAUCCAACAAACUAUCAGUCUCCAACAUCAGAUAUUGGUAAAUUGAAAACUGGAUGCAUUAUUACAUGGAUUAAUAUUGCCUAUCGAUUAGGACAAACAAGAAAUUAUUCAGCAUUGAAGGCUAUUAUAAUGGCUUUACAGUCUACUCCAAUACACAGAUUAUGGCACAGUUGGAAUGUUUUAGAAUACCAUUAUCAUGAACACUUUCUGAAAUUUAAACAUUUGGCUUCGAUAGUGAGUUUUGACAACAAUCAAGAACAGUUAAGGAAACGAUUAAAUAAAUGUGCAAAGAAAAUGUACUGGUACUUAAAACUCAAUAAUCCAAAUCCUUUAUGUGGUGAUGAAAAUAAACCUGGUGAUAUUCCACAAUAUGAAACUUCAGAAGAAAAAAACAACAGAAAUAAUAAUGAACCCUUAACAAUAUCACAUAAUUCUUCUUAUCUGAGUGGAGUAAUACCUUAUCUGGGUGUAUUUCUCAGUGAUUUAACUUUACUACAUCAUUCAUCACCGGAUUAUGUGAGCAGAUCUAAAUAUCAAUCUAAUCAUCAAAAUAAUACUGGCAAUCGUAUUGGUAAUAGUAAUAAUGCAUCACCAGUUCUCAAUUCAUCAAAUAAAAAUAAUACUAAUAACACUAUUCCUUCUAUUCAAAUAGACAAAAAUCAUGACAAUACAACUGAUCGAUUGAUAUAUGUAUCGAAUCCACUUUCUAGUUUUGCACGAAGUACACCGAAUUUAUUAUCACCUCAGUCAUAUGAUCGUAUGAAUAGUAAUAAUAACAUCAAACAAUCUACCAAAUUAGUGAAAAUUAUAUCGCCUACACCAUUAAUUUCCGAUAGUCGUAGCAGUAAUUCUCGGACGGUUGAAGAUGUUAAAAAGACAAAAUCUAGUCGUUCAAGACGUCAUUCUACCACUGAUAAUAAUAAUGACGAGAAACUGAUCAAUCUGGAUAAACACAGACGAGAGUUUAAAAUAUUGGCAAAUCUUUUCCUUCUACAACAAAAUGCUCAGUUAUAUUCACUUAGACCUGAACCAGACUUUGAGUUAUGGUUUCAGUCAUAUCCAUUGAUAACUGAAAAAGAAGCCCUUCUUCGUUCUUGUGAUAUGGAACCAGAUGAUGAACAACUACAACAAAUGAACAGACCCUUUAGUGCAUCUCCGUACUCAUUCGGUGAAGGCGGCGUAACCACUGCAGUAAAUACAAUGAAUAAUCGUAAAGCACAGUAUUCACGUAACAAUAGAAUAGAAAGAACAAAGUAUGCAACAAGUCAACCACCGAGUGCUUCACCUGAUAUCAACACCAUUACUGGGAAUUCAAUCAGUCCUAACAUCAGUGUUGCAAGCAAUCCAGCCGGUAGAAGUAAUAAAUUAUACGUUAGUAGUUCACAGUCAAUGAAUGAUUUGCUUAAUGGAAGUAAACAUGAAAGAUUAUUACCUACUUCAGAAAAUAAUCUAAAAAGUGUACAUAAUCAAAGUGAACAGAAACUACAAACAAAGGUAUCAGCGAAUAAAUUAAUGCCACGUUCAAGUCCAUCAGCUAAAGGCAGUUCUCCAAUUUACCUAGAUGGUAUCAGUAGCAAUAAUCUGCUUAUUAAUGUUACUUUUCAUGAAACUCACCUUCAACACGAUGGUCGUGUGUCACCAUUUCUUGCCAAAGUUGCAUAUUUAGGCGGACGGUCUCAUGGUUCCAGUCAUAAUGAUAAUCAUUAUUUACAAUCAAGACAAGCGCCAACUUCAGUGGACCUGACAGUUUCUUCUACGGAUACAGUUUCUGACGUAUUGUUCAGAGCCCUAAGAUCAUUUGGUCGUACUGAUCAAAGUGUUGACAAUUAUGAUCUCAUUCAAAUUCGUAAAGAUGAACGACAUGUAGUCCUUCAAAAGAAUGCCAACUUUUAUGAAUCCAUACACUAUCCUUCGUUGUAUGCAUCAAAUAAUACCAAAUACCAUAAUCCACUGGAAUUCAUCAUUUGUACAUCACUUAAUAAUAAUAAUAAUAUGAGUCAUAAUAACAACAAUAGUAUAACUAAUUCACCGUCAAAUACACAUCAUGUUAAAAAGAAUUACAAUAAUAAUCCAAAUCAACAUAAAAAGAAUCAACCAAAUUCUGUAUCACCUGAAUGUGCUAGACACUAUCAACUAACCAAUAAAAGUUCAAAUAAAAGAUGUGUCGUUGAAUUAUGGUCCUAACUAACUAACUAACACUUGUUGCUCAUUAUCAGAUGACGAACAAGCCAACAAAUUAAACAUAUCUCAGUUGAUUUUAUCUAUAUAUAUUUUUUGUUUUACCUCUUGAAGAAAACUGUGUGAUCAGCAAAUUAUCAAAGAUUUAUCAAAAAUUGAAUUUUUAUUUAUUUAUUUUUCUUUUCUGAAUAUUUUGUAACCAUUUGUCUUUCAAAUUAUGCAUUUCAUUCAUAUCUUUACCUCUUCUUCUGAAUAUUAUCUCAGCUCAUCAUUAUGUUCUACAAUUUUAUAAUGUAUUUCAAUGAUAAUCACUGUGUGUUUGUAUGUGUGAGUGGGCGAGUGAGUGCAUGCGUAUCAUCAGUGAUCAGUUUCCUAAUGCCACUUUUUCUUAUACAUCAUGAAGAUGAAGAGCAAGGAAUGCGAGAUAGCGCCAUUAUUAUCAUUACUAUUUUGUUUAUACUAUUUUCUAUUUAAAGAUCCAAUAUUCAAGGAAAUCGUCUUUUCAUUGGCUAAUUUGUGUUGUUUUCUUAAUUCAUUGUUGCUUUUCUUUCAUAAUUUCUAUUUGUAUUUGUUUUUUUGUAUAAUUGUUGUUCUUUACUUACCAAUUGAACCACCUACACCUGUACAUGACUGUGAUUUCUCGUCUUAUCGUCUAUUAAUAGUUUGUCAUUCCUGUUUAUAAAUCUAUGAACUACCUUUUAAAGUUAAUUUAUACAACAUUAAUAUUAUAAAGAUUUCUGAAUAUAAUUUAUAACUUUUGAAUGGUUUUGUGAGCAAUCGACAAGGAUCUGUGAAACUAGAGUUCUAUCAAAGGGGUUGCCUAGUUUGUGGCUGACAGUACAAAGCUCAGAUAUAGUCUAUUUUACAGAAUGAUUUCAAUGAUCAAGUAAGGUCGUUAUGUCAGUCAGUAGAGUGAAUUGGUGGCCGACAAUCAUCUCUUCCUGAAUAGCAUUAACUUCAAACAUGUGGCAAGACAUUGCCUGACCUAUUCAUCUCCAUCAUCAGAUCAAUAAUAGACCCAAAUAGAUCACGUAGAAGCUAUAAACUAUCUUGUCUGCUGGUGAAUCUUCUAGACUGAUGACCACAUGGUUAGUACUGGG